AUGGUGCUAUCAUCUGCGCCAUACACAACAACAUCCAGCUUUCAAAGAGAGAGGUUCCUGAGAGCUUUUACAAAAGAGUGGGAUUUCUCAAAGCUAUCUGAAUUUUUCAUGUAUCUUCAGAGCCCCGCCAAUAUUGACUAUAAAGUGAAAUGUGUCAUGCUUCAAGAAGCUGCUAGAAGAGAAAGAGAAACAUUGGGUGCUAAACUCAGAAAAAAACGUGUGGUUCCAUCUACAGCUAGUAUCGCACCGGACAAGAGUGAUCCUCUCUUGGCUUCAUCCACCUCUGCUUCUGCUUCCUCCUCGUUGCCACCCUCUGCAGAUGGCCCGUCUGUGGAUGUAGCUGUGCCUUCUCUGCUUUCUGCAGCGACGACCGCCUCACCCAUGGCCCCAGAAACAGACAGUGGUGUGGUCAUGGAAACUGUGUCUCUAAAUGCUGGCAGUGCCCCUACUACGCUUGUUACUACAUCCGCACCUUCGACAACCGCCAAUUCAGAAGAGAUGGUGACAACACCUGCUACAACUUUGCCCCUGAUGGAACCCAACAACAGCAGCAGUACAACCACCAGUAGAAGGCAUCAUCGGAGAACAUCUAGCAACGAUGUCAAUGAUAUAAAACGACUGCGACUAUCGACGCCAGACCUAUUAGAUCAAAAUGGUUCAGACAUGGCUUCUACCAACAGCGAUGGUGGUUCUGUUAUCAACCUGAAUGUCGAUGCACCCACCGCAUCCAAUACAAGUUGUACAUUGAUCAACACAACUAACCGUCGAUCCGCUUCUCCUGAUCAGCACCAUCUUCUCCACCACCACCAUCACCAUCAUCAUCAUCACCACCACCAUCAUCUCCAUCAUCUUCCUCAUCAUCAUCAUCCCUUACGCUGCUGUGUCGCCCCAAGUAACACAACUGCUGUGAGCAGCAGUAAUGGAACAGCAACGUCGACUAUGAUGAGCAGUGAAUUAUCACACCUUCAUUUAGGCCAAGGUAGUACAAAUACUACUAUCACUGCUACGACUACCUCUGCAUGCGGCAGUGGUCAUAGCACAGACCAACAACAGCAGGAACAACAAGAUGUCUUUAACUCAUGUUGCCCUUGUACCAAUGCGAAUCAUUUAAGGAGAAGAUCAAGCUCAAAUGCAUCAAAUCAAAGCAGCAGUGAUAUGAUUGUGGAUGAUCCAAUGGAUACUGAUAUCUCGAAUAAUAACAAGAAGAGAGCAGCAGGUGGCGGCGGCAGCGAUCCCUCUUCUAUUACACAUAUUGCAACUCCAGGUUCAGAUGAAGCAGUUUAA